CGAAUAUGAGAAAGGGUUUGUGUUGUUCUGAAUAUUCACUUCCCACUGUAUAUCUGCUGACCUUGCCUACCAGGUGCUUGUUAAAAAAUAGUAACUCUGCGUGCGAAUGCCUGAGUUUCGGGGCCGGCCACCCCGUUCUCACGCUCGCACGAACAGACUGGUAUAAAGAGGGGAGAGCGAAAACACCUAGACGGAGUCUGCUGCGGGUUGUGAUCGAACGCCCAGCCGAUUGACGCGAACUCUUCCACGGGUGUUGGCUCUCCACUCUGUUGGCGUAGGUAAAUGAUCAACUGGAAACGCUUUACUGGAGUGCCAAGGAGGGCUCGACAUCGACAAGAUGGCUGGGGACCGCGGACCUGGUGGUGCCGGCUCUUUGGUCAAGCGCCUCCUUGCUCUUGGUGUCAUGGUGGCCCACUAUUGGGGAACAACCCAAGAAACGACCUGGAACGAGUGCAGGACCACGUGAGCUGUCCGGCAGGUCAAGCAUGUCUGAUGGCCAACAUCACCAGUGACUGUAACAUCUACGUCUGUUACACAUGCCUGGCACAAACUCUUCACGUCCGAAUGGCCCAAGCUACUCAGAGGACUGUGGUGUCAUGGACAAUCAAGUUUCCAAAUCUCCCAACAUGUCAUCGACGACGUCGAGAGUGGUAUGACACGCUGCUUGGAGGGACUGGAACGGUGUUGGGGGUGUCCAACACCAUCGACGGGGAGGUCACGCGUACAGUGCUGUCGACCACUGGACAGUAUACAUCACGGGCGUUACACCAAGUUGGGGAGUGGUUACCUAACGGGAUAGGUACACAAUUGAGUAAUGUCAAUUUAUGGACGCAUCAGUACAAUUGGCAAUUGACUAUGUUUAACGAAACUUAUCGCUCCUUAAUGAAUCUGACCCAAAUUGCCAAUUGGACUGCUUGUAAUAUGCAAAUGUUACAUGCACGCAUUCAGAAGGAAAGGUUUAUAACUGGAGUUUAUACAGGGAAUUAUCAUCAGUGGAGAAAUACUUGGAAUAUUAGUCAAAAACUAUGGCUCCAACUAUUUCCGGAACAAACUGUUUGCAAUAACACCCAAUGCAAAGGUUAUUGGUAUCAAUACAAUGUAACUCAAGUGAAAACUGUAUGCCGAUAUGAAGUACUUCCGGUAAUAUCAAUACAUGGAUAUCAUUAUCUGCAUGUGAGUGGAGAGUGGUUUGAAGCCGCAACAAAUACGACUUAUGACACUGAUUUAUGUGAUAAAACUGAUCAAGGGAUGGUAUGUACUUUACAGAUGGGUCACGCUAAUCCAUGUUUGAGUGAUAGUCAGGUAACAUUAUGUGAUUGGAGUGUUGAGACACCACGAGACAUGCUAUGGCAGGUAGGGCCACAUUACCUAUGCGUAGCUACCAUGAGACAACACCCACAGUUACCUUCAGCUCCAUUCGUUGGCUGUCUUAAUGAUGUACACCUGUGGCAUUGGAAUAAUCAAACGUAUUAUCUCACCAAUUACUCCCAGGAGUCCAGAUUGUCAGCGGUGCAGUGGGAGGUUUUGUGCCACCCCUGGACUGUGUCUCUGGACCGGUUCAAAUGCGCAUUGGACCGGUCCACAGAAUUGAAGGAUCUGAUACAAAGACCUAGGUACAAUGUCACGCGGUUGUGGGUGUCCACAUUAAUAGCCGGGGAUGAAGUGAAACAUGUAGCGAGGCUAGUGCAGCAGAGUUCCGCCCAUCAUUGGUGGGAUAUUUUAUCUGGAAUGUCUGUAACUGCCAGGAAAACCAUACUGCCACCCUUGUUUAUUUUGGCAGGAUGCUUAAUUAUAUUAACCUUAUGUAACGUAUUCACUUGCUUGUAUGUUAGACGAGCUAAAAGACAGCUUGAGAGAAUAAUUUUUAAUCAGUGGUAGUAGUAUGCGAAUUGCUGUGUGUGAAAGCGAUGCCCCUUUUGGGCUUACCAAAAUUGAGGUAAUUGUGGAAAGCGGGGGACCGGAUAUUUAUGUUUGGAAUUUUCAUGUUGCGGGGAAUAUGAUGUGGGGUGAAUUUGUCUGUGACACACGGGCGGAUUUACUUGAGAGGGUGCAACACGAUCUGGUUAAUUGGAAUAAUUGGGAGGGGAACAUGAUGAAUAAUGAAGAUUUUAUGAAUUGAGGAAAAUGAUGUUCAGAACAUCAAGAGUGGAAUGUGAAAGGGUGAUGGGUUUGUGUUGUUCCGAACAUUCAUUUCCCAGGAUACGAAUGUGAGAAAGGGUUUGUGUUGUUCUGAAUAUUCACUUCCCACUGUAUCUUGUUAUGGUCUUGAUACGAAUAUGAGAAAGGGUUUGUGUUGUUCUGAAUAUUCACUUCCCACUGUAUAUCUGCUGACCUUGCCUACCAGGUGCUUGUUAAAAAAUAGUAACUCUGCGUGCGAAUGCCUGAGUUUCGGGGCCGGCCACCCCGUUCUCACGCUCGCACGAACAGACUGGUAUAAAGAGGGGAGAGCGAAAACACCUAGACGGAGUCUGCUGCGGGUUGUGAUCGAACGCCCAGCCGAUUGACGCGAACUCUUCCACGGGUGUUGGCUCUCCACUCUGUUGGCGUAGGUAAGAGGCUUUUUCGCUGCAAUCAUAUAUCUUGUGUGUUGAUGCUUAAAUAAAUACGCCCUUGUUUAGGCUAAAAUACCUUGAUGUG